AUGACACAGACAAUCGAAUCUCCUCCCGUUCCGUUGAAAGUCAAUACCUUGGAUAACGUUGGAAAGAACUACAAAAAUCUUUCAAACGAAGAUAUCGUUGAGCUAUGCCUAAAUGGCAGCAUCAGUAUGAAGGAUUUGGAUUCUUUAAUUCAUAAUCCCCUACAGGUUGUCGAAGUUCGUCGAGAGCUUCUGAGAACACAAUGCCGCUCGGAAAAUAUAUCGACCUCAUUCUACGAGUCACUUCCUUAUAAAGACUUCGACUUCAGCCAUGUUGUGGGGACAUGCUGUGAAAAUGCCAUUGGAUAUCUCACCGUUCCACUGGGGAUUGCCGGUCCACUGAUAGUUGACCAAAAGCUAACAUUCCUUCCCAUUGCAACUACGGAGGGAGCUUUGGUUGCCAGCAUUUCCCGCGGAUCAAAGGUUAUCAAUGAGUCUGGAGGUGUCGAGACAUUUUUGAUGGCAGAUUCUAUGACACGUGCUCCAUGUGUUAAAUUUCCAACUCUUGCCCGCGCUAUCGAUGCAAAAGGUUGGAUCGAGUCUCCAGAAGGAAAGUCUGCGAUAGCAAAGGAAUUUUCCACCAUAAGCAGGUUUGCUUCCUUUACAGACAUUCGUGCCUUCCCGGUGGGCGAACUCCUUUAUCUACGUCUAAGUGCCACUACAGGAGAUGCCAUGGGAAUGAACAUGAUUUCUCUCGCCGCAGGGAAAAUGCUUUCUGUCAUGAAAAAUGCUGGGUUUGACGAUAUGAUUACUGUCACACUAUCAGGAAACGUCUGUUCUGAUAAGAAAGCGUCAGCUAUUAACUGGAUCGAAGGGCGAGGGAAGAGUGUGGCAGCACAGGCUCGGAUCCCGAAGGAUUUGGUUGAAAAAAUGCUCAAAACGACACCACAAGCUUUGAUUGAGCUUAACACAUCCAAGAAUUUGAUUGGAAGCGCAGUUUCUGGAGCAAUCGGUGGAUUCAAUGCUCAUGCGAGCAACAUCGUGUCUGCUAUCUUCCUUGCAACAGGUCAAGAUAUUGCGCAGAAUGUUGAGAGUAGCAGCUGUAUUACUACCAUGAGCCUCGUCGAAAAUGAUCUACAGAUUUCUGUUACAAUGCCAUCCAUCGAGGUUGGAACGGUCGGCGGAGGAACCAAUCUACAGACACAGGGCUCACUCCUAGAUUUACUUGAUGUCCGUGGUCCAAACCCGGAAAAUCCCGGCCAAAAUGCACAAAAGCUUGCGAAAAUAGUUGCUGCAGCUGUAUUGGCUGGAGAACUAAGCCUGUGUUCUGCAUUAGCGGCUGGGGAUUUGGUUCGCAGCCAUCUGGACCUCAAUCGAAGGAAAUAA